AAUCAGACCGAUCAGAGUAUUAUCAUACUACCACACAUGGAACCUAAAAUGCUACCUCAUGCUUCCCCAGAACUGGGAGACCGCAAUGCUUCUACAAUAGCCUCUUUGCUUCCCGGUGGAAGCUCACCUGAAAAUUCAAAGAGACCACUUGGGAUGCCAAUUGGAUCUUCCAGGUCCGGAGCAUCGCGUUUCUUCACGUCAGUGAAGCAUUUCAUCACCAUGUUGAUUCCCCUUGACAAUAUGCCCGUUACUAUUUACAGUGGAACUGAUGUCAUUGAAUCAGAAGUGAGCGUUCCUGGUACUGGCUAUGGCACCUUUGGGUAUGAGACACUUGUCCUUAUUCAACAACAGUACAGGGCUGCGAAGAAUCCGGACAGAGUACUUGCCGCACUAAAUGUGAAAUGUUAUCCUAAAGAGAUACACCUCGACGGCUUGCAACAACACACGGACUGCACCAUCCAGAAAUCGUCCAGGCUGAUGUAUUCUUAA